UUGCAUAUUGGCCACAGUGCUUUAAUCGUUCCCCUGUUUACCCGAUAGCUGUGAAGCAGACAGGACGCUGUCCACUGUCCACAGCUACUACAGCCAUGGAUAGAGCAGCGUGGCGAGAGGUUAAGAAAAUAUCUACACCCGAGUCCAAGAAAACGAGACCUGCACCGACUUGGGGCCUCAGUCGUCAGAAUUUUCUUCCCCAUAUCUCAUCUCCUGGCCAGUGAAUCCUUAUCUCAUCAGGCUAGCCGGAGUAGUAGGAGUCAUCUUCCUGCACUUCUUUCCAGUUUCCAAUCUGAGCACACCAGGAACAAACGAGAGGAAUAGAGCUAGAGGUCGAUGGAGGGGGUGAGUGCUUCGCACGGUGUGUUGGGUCCCCUGCUGGGGAAGCUCACUGGUUUGCUUGCCGGUGAGUGUUCCCGGCUAAAAGGCGUCCGCCGCGAGAUCCGCUCUCUCAAAGCCGAGCUGACCAGCAUGCAUGCCGCGGUCCACAAAUAUACAUUGCUGCAAGAUCCCGAUGUCCAGGUGAAGGCAUGGAUAUCGCUGCUGAGGGAGCUAACCUAUGACAUCAAGGAUGUCAUCGACAAGUUCAUCUACCAGCUAGGUAAUGACGGCCAGCACCAGGGUGGCUUCAAGGAGUUCUUCCGCAAGACUGUUCGCCGGCUCAAGACGUUGGGCUCUCGUCGUGGAAUCGCCAACAAGAUCGACGAUCUGAAGAUUCGUCUCAAGGAGGUAAAAGAUUUGAAGAGUAGUUACAAGCUGGAUCCUUAGCAUUCAGCCGUGGAUCCCCGCUUGUCUGCUCUUUUUGUUGAGGAAGCACAGCUUGUGGGAAUUGAUGGUCCAAGAGAUGACCUUGUCAAGUGGAUGCUGGAAGAUGAAAAUAGCUCGACCAAGCAUCGCAAGGUGCUGUCCAUUGUUGGCUUUGGUGGGUUGGGAAAAACAACACUGGCCAAGGAGGUCUACCGCAAGAUCCAGGGGCAAUUUCAUCAUUGUCAUGCUUUUGUCUCAGUCUCGCAAAAACCAAAUGUAAAGAAAAUUAUGAAGGAUUUUAUCUUCCAGCUGCCUUGCAAGCAAGAUUUUAAAGAAGGCAUCGACACUUGGGAUGCAGCGAAAUGUAUUGCAAAGCUAAAAGAACUCUUACAAGACAAGAGGUAUCUCAUUGUUAUUGAUGACAUAUGGUCCACAUCAGCAUGGGACGCUAUUAAGUAUGCUUUCCCGGAGAAUGAAUUUUCUAGCAGGAUUGUAGCUACCACACGAGUUGUUGAUGUAGCAAGAUCAUGUUCUCAUGGUGGUAAUGGUCGCAUGUAUGAAAUGGAAGCCCUAAAUGAUCUCCACUCCAAACGAUUGUUCUUCAAAAGAAUAUUUGGUUCUGAGUGAUGCUGCCCUGAUGUGCUAAAACAAGUUUCAAAUAAAAUACUGAAGAAAUGUGGAGGCCUCCCAUUGGCAAUUAUCAGUAUAGCAAGUUUAUUGGCAAACAGACCGCUGGUCAAAGAUGAGUGGGAGAGGGUCAGAAGGUCUAUUGGUUCUGCGUUGGACAAAAACCGAAGCUUAGAUGGAAUGAAUAACAUAUUAUCCCUUAGUUACAAUGAUCUUUCACCCAAUCUCAAGACCUGCUUGUUAUAUUUAUGUAUAUAUCCUGAGGAUUAUGUGAUUGAGAGAGAUAUUUUAGUGAGGCGAUGGAUAUCAGAAGGCUUUAUCUCUGAAGAGCGUGGACAAAGCAAACAAGAGGUUGCAGAGAACCAUUUCUAUGAGCUAAUAAACAGAAGUAUGGUUCAACCGGUGGAAGUUGGCUAUGAUGGAAAGGCUCGUACUUGUAAAGUCCAUGAUAUGAUGCUUGAGCUCCUUAUUUCAAGAUCGGUUGAAGAUAAUUUCAUCUCUUUGGCAGUCCACAGUCAAACUGAUUUGGCAAAGUGUGAUGGUCUUAUUCGGCGACUAUCAGUCCAGCAUAUUGACCAAGAGCUUGCAUCUAUAUUGGCGAAUGAAGAACUAAGCCAUGUACGAUCUCUAAUAAUGAUAGCAUCAACUUGCAUCAGACACUUGCCUCGGAUUGUUCGGUUUGAAGCUUUGCGGGUCCUAGAUUUUCAAGAUUGUGAGAGUCUGCAUGAGUAUGAUAUGAAUGGCAUAGAUAAACUAUUCCAGCUGAAGUACCUGAGCUUUAGGGGUACUUACAUGUCAAAGCUACCAUCAGGAAUUGUGAGGCUAUAUGGUCUAGAGACGCUAGAUCUUAGAAAUACAGAUAUAAAAGAGUUGCCCGCUGGAAUUAUUAAGCUUGUUAAGCUGCAACAUCUACUCAUUGUAAGAUAUAACCGUUUCGUCGGUCCAGUCGGUAAUACGAAGAUACCAGAUGGGAUUGGAAAUAUGAGGAAUUUACAGGCGAUCUCAGGCUUUAAUAUUAUCAAGAGUUCAUUAUGUGCAGUCGAGGAACUGGGGAAUCUGACCGGUUUGAAAGAACUCCAUCUACAGUUGGACGGUGGAGGAUCUCAGGAAUACAAGAGGCAUGAAGACAUGUUACUCUCCUCACUAUGCAAGCUCGGCACCUGCAAACUUCAGUCUUUACAUACAUACUCUUGUGAUUCAAGACCCCUCCAGUUCUUAGAUUCUUGGUCCCCUCUGCCAGGUAAUCUCAAAAUAUUUCAGAUGACCACAAGCUUCUCCUAUUUACCAAAGAUGCCAAAGUGGACUGUACCAGCACUCACCAGUCUUGCAUACCUAAAAAUUAAUUUGAUUGAAGCAACAGAGGAGGAUCUACGGAUACUUGGAGAGAUGCCUGCCUUACUUUGCCUCAGUAUAACAAUCAACACUGUCCAAAAAGAAAGGCUUACCGUACAAGGCGUUGGCUUCCCGUGUUUGAAGGAAUUCUGCCUUAUUCGUGCAACCUGUCGUGCAAGUGCAGUUUACUUGACGUUUGAAGAAGGGGCAAUGCCAAAGGUGGAGAAGCUUGAGCUGCUGUUGUUUGUUUUGGUGGCAGAAGCGUAUGGGUUCUACUUGGGUCUUGGCCACCUCCCAUUUCUCAGAGAUGCCGAAGUUACUCUUUACAAUGAUGCUGACACAUCUUCCGAAAUCAAGUCUGCUGCAGGUGCUGCUAUAAGGAAGGAGGCAAAUAGCCAUCCCAAUCAUCCCAGGUUAUCUAUCAUAGACGUAAUGUCUGAUUGGCACUAUUAUACCAUCGAUGAGGUAGAUGACUACACUGACGACGAAGAGAGCUACUCCCUCCGUUCGGAAUUAUUUUCUCGGAAAUGGAUAUAUCUAGAACUAAAAUACGUCUAGAUACAUUCAUUUCUGCGACACGUAAUUUGGAACGGAGGGAGUAGCUGUCAAGGAACUGUUAUAUCAUGACAUUUGACUACCAAUGGAAUGAAUAACAUAUUAUCCCUUAGUCACAAUGAUGUUUCACCCAACCUCAAGACCUGCUUGUUAUAUUUAUGUAUAUAUCCUGAGGAUUAUGUGAUUGAGAGAGAUAUUUUAGUGAUGCGAUGGAUAGCAUCUCUGAAGAGAGCGGACAAAGCAAGCAAUAGGUUGCCGAGAACCACUUCUAUGAGCUAAUAAACAAAAGUAUGGUCCAACCGGUUGAAGUUGGCUAUGAUGGAAAGGCUCGUGCUUGUCAAGUCCAUGACAUGAUGCUUGAGCUCAUUAUUUCAAAAUCUGUUGAAGAUAAUUUCAUCUCUUUGAUAGGCCACAGUCAAAAUGAUUUGGCAAAUUGUCAUGGUCUCAUUCGGCGACUAUCAAUCCAGCAUAUUGACCAGGAGCUUGCAUCUGUAUUGGCAAAUGAAGAUCUAACCCAUGUACGAUCACUGACAGUGAUAGCAUCAACUUGCACCAAACACUUGCCUGGGCUUGUUGGGUUUGAAGCUUUGCGUGUACUAGAAUUUAAAGAUUGUGAGAGUCUGCAUGAGUAUGAUAUGAAUGGUAUAGAUAAACUAUUCCAGUUGAAGUACCUGAGCUUUAGGGGUACUAAAUUGUCAAAGCUACCGCGAGGAGUUGUGAGGCUAUAUGGUCUAGAGACGUUUGAUCUUAGAAAUACAUAUAUAGAAGAAUUGCCCACUGGAAUUAAUCAGCUUGUUAAGCUGCAACAUCUGCUCACUGCAUAUUUCAGCUCUGGCAACACGAAGAUACCAGAUGGGAUUGGAAACUUGAGGAAUUUACAGGUGAUCUCGGGCUUUAAUAUUACGAACAGUUCAUUAUGUGCAGUCGGGGAACUGGGGAAUCUGACCAGUUUAAAAGACCUCCAUCUACAAUUGGAAGGUAGAGGAUGUCAGGAAUACAAGAGGCAUGAAGAGAUGUUACUCUCCUCACUAUGCAAGCUUGGCAUCUGCAAACUUCAGUCUUUCUGGAUAUUCUCUCCUGAUUCAACACCUAUCGAGUUCUUAGAUUCAUGGUCCCCGCUGCCAUAUAACCUCCAAAUGUUUCGGAUGACCACUAGCUACUUCCUACCAAAGAGGCCAAAGUGGAUUGUACCAGCACUCAGCAGUCUUGCAUACCUGAACAUUAAUCUGAUUAAAGCAACACAGGGGGAUCUGAGAGUACUUGGAGAGUUGCCUGCCUUACUUUAUCUGAAUAUAACAUUCAGCACUGUCCAAAAAGAAAGGCUUUCCGUACAAGGCGUUGUAUUCCCGUGUUUGAAAGAAUUCGACCUUAUUUCUUAUAGUGCAAGUGCAGUUUACUUGACGUUUGAAGAAGGGGCAAUGCCAAAGCUAAAGAAGCUUGAGCUGCCGUUGUUUGUUUCGGUGGCAGAAGCCCAUGGGUUCUACUUGGGUCUUGGCCACCUUCCAUGUCUGAGAGAUGCCCAAGAAGAUCUCCCGAAAGCAGGUCUGCUGCAGGUGCCGCUAUAUGGAAGGAGGCAAAUAGCCAUCCCAAUCAUCCCAGGUUAUCUAUCUACCACCGAACGGCGGAAGGAUAUUAUAACUCCGACGAUGAGGAGAACUACACUGACGAGGAAGAGAGCUAGCUGUCAAGGAACUGUUAUAUCAUGACAUUCGACUACGAAUGCAAGAGGGGAUCUUCUAUUGAAUGCAAUCACGUGAUUGGAAUGCUGUGGUGAUCAUGCACGUUCUCCUCUCGCCUUUCAGACGGGAACACGCGUGUGGAAGCUCAAAAAUAAAGGUGUCCAAGAAGAAGUUGUGUUAGUUGCUUUGCUGCAUAGUACUAUUUGGUUCUCAGUGAAUCUUGUAUCCAUUUUUUUUGCGUUGAUUACUAUUGUUAAGAGUCAAUUAAGUUCCCACUGUUGUGUAUGCACUCAAGCACUUUGUGUGCACGAAUUUAAUUUGAUGGAUCAUGCAUUCAGUUUUGAGACA